CAUCAACGUCUGCUUUCCUGACACUUGUCAACAUCCCACCGGUCAUUCAGCAAUAUCUGCCUGUUCAAGAAGAUGUUCACAGGAGCCAGUUCUGUGGUUCUAGAUCGAGGUGAUUACACAACAUGCACUAUAAACCGGCAAGGAGCUACCGUAACUUCUUGGCGAGUCAGGAACAUAGAAUUGGUUUUUCUGGGUAGGACAGCCAGAUUGUACAAAUUCAACACAGUCCGAGGUGGAAUAAACAUGAUAUUUCCAUACAUCGGCGUAUCAGACAAAGGAAUGCAUCAUGGUUUCUCCAGAGCAACCCAAUGGGACAUAGAAGACGGACCAAAUUAUGACAAAGCGGGAAAUGCCUACGUUACUCUAUCUUUGACCCACAAUAACUGGACUGAGUCUUUGUGGAACUUCCAGUUCAAAAUUUAUUAUACAGUGCUGCUGAUGGAGUCAACGCUGAAAUUCACUCUUUGUGUAGAGAACCUCAGUUCUGCGAUUCCGUUUAGGUUCAACUUUUUGCAACAUUCAUAUCUAAGGGUUCCAGACGUGUCUAAAUGUACGGUAAGAGGAUUAAAGGGUUGUAAAUAUUAUGACAUCAUCCACGAUACCACAGGAAGAGAAGAAGAUGAAGAAGUCUCCGUAACGAAGCAGACUGACAGACUCUAUCGCGCUGUCGAGAAACAUUUGUACGUAACCAAUGUCAUGGAUGAAGGAAUAUUUAAAAUAACCAGAGAUAGUAAAAUGCCGGACUUCUGCUUAUGGAACCCAUGGAGUGAUGGAGUGAAAAAGCUGCCACACUUAGGUGAGCUCCAUCACAUUGUAUAAACUUACAAAUCGAAACAUCAAAAGAGCUAUUCAGACUAUCUUGUUAUUAAAACAUGGAACGUCUCCAUUGCUUACGAGUUCUGUCAAUUAAAUCAUGAGACUGGCAACAUAGCGUUCGAUCUGGCAACAAUGGAGGCAACGAGCUUGGGAGACAGCGGAGCAUGUGAUCCGCCUUCAAUACAAGUUUGAACUCGCUCGAGAAAAUCCAGUAUCGAAGUUCCAGCAAUGCUAUCAGGAGUGUAAGAACCGUUUCCAGCGCUGUGUGGCUUCAGACGGAAGUGAUUUUGAGGAUGAGGACGACGAAUAUAAGUUCUUCAUAGCUGCAGAAUCUGGUCACUGUGGCUCGAUACGCGUGGAGCCCAAAACCGCUUGGAAGUCAACUCAAAUCAUCGAAUAUAUUUCCACCAAGUACCAGGAAGAAUGUAAUUUUAAUUUCUUCGACUUGUUCAAGGGGUAUUGCUAAUAUAUUGCAUAUUUAUAAAACAAAAAUGGAUAACG